AUGACGGAUCCCCAACAACCCCCCAGCGAUUAUCUCCAGACUUCCGCCGACGUUCAAGCGCCCGCGUCUGAGUCCCAACAGCCGCAAACGCCUCCAUUCCAGCCCAUCUACACACUCGUGAACAACACGUCAACCCGGACAACGCAUCAUCCGCAGGUACACUACAUUUUCUCCGACGACGACCCAGACGUCCUCACCCAAGCACUAUCCCAGCAGCACCAUGCAAACCUAAACGAAUCAGCCUCGAGCCCUGCCCCUGAUCAACGUGCCAUACUCCUAGACUUGUCCCAAGGCAAAGAUGGCGCCUACAAUGUGUCCUGGGCUUCUAGCUUAUCCCCUUCAUGGGCUGUCCUCGACGCUCAGGUCACCCGAAUAUCACCGCCGUCGUCCGAUAACGGAGGCAAUGGUGAUGGUAUCCCCAGUCCAAACAAGAAAAGGCCGGACCGUUUGAUGCUCCGCAUAGAAGGAGUUGAUGGAGGUUCCUUGGCAUCGUCGGGCGAACUCAAACUUCCCAGCGAGAGAAGCGGUCACGGCUCCGGAUCCGGCAGUGGGAGCCACAGCGGACAGAAAACCACUGAGGUGGAAGACUACAACAAACUGGUUGCGGAAUUUGAAAACAGGAUGACAAUGCUGAAAAAGGUCGUCGACACGGGUGAGGAGAGGAGGAAUAAGCUCUCUGAGCCCGUCGAGGCCGCCACGGAGGAAUCAGACCAAGCCGACAACGCUGCUGCUCCCACGAAAACAGAAGCCUUGUCGAGGUCUGUCGAUUCUGGUUAG